GUGUGUGUGUGUGUGUGUGUGUGUGUGUGUGUGUGUGUGUGUGUGUGUGUGUGUGUGAGAGAGUGUGAGAGAGAGUGAGAGAGAGUGUGAGAGAGAAAGGGGGUCAGUGCUGUCCGGUGUUUGGUGUUUAGCGAGGUAGCUGCUAGGCUGUGCUAUGCCAGCGGCUAAAAAGAUGCACACAGCUAGUGUUGUAUACAAUAUAGAGAUACAUGCCAGCUAGUAUAUGUUUAUGUUAGAGACACAAAGAGAGAAAACCUGCUGCUGCUGGUGGUGAACAAGACAAACGCUAACAGACAUGGCCGGAAUUAUUAAAAAGCAAAUUUUGAAACAUUUAUCAAGGUUCACCAAGAAUCUGUCCCCGGACAAGAUCAAUCUUAGCACGCUAAAGGGGGAAGGGCAGCUGUCUAACCUCGAGCUCGAUGAGGAGGUUCUGCAGAACAUGCUUGACCUGCCUACCUGGCUGGCUGUCACUCGGGUCUACUGCAACAAAGCCGCCAUCAGGAUACAAUGGACAAAGUUGAAAACAAGCCCCAUCUGCCUGUUCUUGGACAAAGUGGAGGUAGAAAUGAGGACAUGUGAGGAGCCACGUCCACCCAAUGGCCCCUCUCCUAUAGCUAUCACAGCAGGCCAGAGUGAGUACGGCUUCGCAGAGAAAGUGGUGGAGGGCAUGUCUGUUAGGAUCAACUCCAUCACCAUCAAGGUUCAGGCUCGUGCCUUCCACGCCUCCUUCGAACUCUGGCAGCUACAGGGCAACAGCCUCAAUCCCAAGUGGCAGCACAGUGACCUCCGCUACACCCGCAUCACCGACCCAAAGAGAGGAGAGGUGUUGACGUUCAAAGAAAUUAACUGGCAGAGUCUACGAAUCGAGGCAGAUGCCAUUGAGAGUGACGACCAGGACCUCGGUAGCACCCCGUUACGUCUCAUCACCAACCAGGGUCGCAUUCGCAUCGCUCUAAAGCGCAGAAUAAAGGACUGUAAUGUGCUGGCUUCCAAGCUGCUUUUCAUUCUGGACGACCUGUUGUGGGUCCUGACGGACUCUCAGCUCAAAGCCAUCAUCCAUUAUGCUAAAUCGCUCAGCGAGGCCAUGGAGAAGUCUGCCCAGCAGAGGAAGAGCAGGACUGCUGAAUCCCUACAGACUGCUCCUCCAUCACCUGGCCUCCACAGCCUUUGGACAGAGCCCUCACCCGCUCCUACUGGUACCCCCAGCAACUUGAGCCAGUACUUUGAUCUCUAUGAUGUCAAGGAGUCGUCUUACCACACCUUUAUAUCCCGCUUGGACUUACACAUAUGCAACGACAGUUCCUCAACGGAUGAAGAUGAGCCUCCACCACCGGGCUUGCAAGGUGCCAUGCAGCUGACAUUCAGGAAGUUGGGUUUCGACUACUAUCCUGUCCACAGACCUGCUGAUGGAUGUCGACACUGGGAACGCCACAGUGGAGCCAUGGAGGCUCAGGCCCAAUGGGCUGGGAAACUGCUGCAGGAGUACCAGAGGAGAGUAGAGGCUUCUGGGUUCCCUGGGCCACAUACUGAGGUGCUCCAGCCAAGCAAGGACACCCCUGCAAAGACAAUCCAUGACGGACAGUCCAGUCCCAAGACAAGCCCCUCUGACACAGAGCAGGCAUCCAACAGGAACUCUGUCAAAGCUCCACCAGCGUCAUCACUGAAGAGACUGCGAUCUAGUUGUGUGGUGGUCCGGGUGGACGACAUGGACAUUCACCAGGUGUCUACAAGAGGCCGUCAAAACAAGAAGACGCAGUCUUUAUUGUCUUGCAACCGAAAAGCUUUGCAUCUGCCCGACAACGUACCAGCAGUUCACCUGCAGUUUACUGAGUACUACUUUCCUGACAACCCCAGUUUAUCAGUGCCCACCUCGAACCUGUAUGCCCAGCUGAACGGCCUCCAGCUCUGUGUAGACCCAGCCAGUGUGCUGUGGAUCAAUCUGUUCUCUAGGGGCCUGCUGCACACCCUUGACCAGGUCAAAGCUUUCUACCAUUUGCAAGAGAGAGAGGAUGAAGAGCAUGUAGACGUGCGCAUGGACGCAGCUCAGCUCAAGCUGAUAAUCCCCUUGGAUUCUUCUAUAUUAGACCAUCCGGAGCGUCCACAGUCCCUCUCUGUUACUGUACCCCAGAUGGUUCUCAGCAACACCCGCCACUGCCCUCACGGUUCUAGGGCUGACCUCAACAGCACCUAUGACAAUUUCUCCAGCUGCUCUUUCUUCCAGCCUACACCUCCCUGUCCUUACCCAAGAGACCAGAGUGCCUUCCACCCCAUCCCGUCCACCUUCCUCCAGCACUCUCAAGAGAAGGAGCCCCAGCCUCUGGACAGAAAGCAGCUACGAUCCCAGGAUGUCUGGUCUCUCAGUUUGUCCCGAGUGACCCUAGGUUUCAAUGGAGCUCGGCGAUUCCCCAAAGGCAGAACCCAACCUUUUGUUGAGCCUUUUGCCAUGUCUGUGUGGAUGUGUCAGCCCUCUGCCUUUAAAAAUGGUUCACCCUCUUCCUCCUCCAGUCCAGAGUCCAACAGAGCCCACCAGCCUUUUUCACAGCAGGAAGAUGCUUCACUUGCCUCUAUCCAUUUCUUGGCACACACCAUCACUCCACUGAAGAUGUGGCUCAAUCAUUACCAGUAUGUUGCCCUGCUGAGGAUGAAGGAUGCCAUGGCUCGUUUGGGAGCAGAGUUGGGUCGGGAUUUACGAGAUGUUAAGCAGGCCCACGGUCAGAAGUCAAAGCCUACUACAGUGUGUCUUGCCCUCCUGGUGGACUCUGCAGAAUUGGGUCUCCUGUUGCCGCCAUCCACCACAGAGCCUGAGGAAGAGGUCCCCCACACACCAGAGACAGACAGCCCCAGCAUGACAGACUCUGACAUCUCCCCCACUCAUCACUCUGCAGACAUGAUCCUGGAGGACAGUGGGAUGGAAAACGGCAUCUCCUCCGUCAAUACUGCGUUUGAUCAGGAUGAGCAAAAUGGUGUGGUGGAGGAGGCGUGUGAGGCUGUGGAGGAGGGGUUGGAUGGUUUGACAGCACAAGAGGACACUCCUGUUCUCUCAACUCCACUCUCACCUGGACACUCCCCCGCCCUCUCCCGUGAGCCGUCCACCUUCAGCUUGGAGGGAGAGCUGUCAAGCGCCAUUAACGUCACCAAGGAUGUGACCAAAGAUGCCAUUAGUGCCUCGCUGGACCUGACCAAAGGGGCGUUUUCAAUUACGAAAGACGCCUUUAGCAUGCUGAGUCGCGGCUCAGGGAUGAGCAAAUUGUUCAGUCCGCAAGCAAAGGAACUGGUCCAGCGUUCAGAAGAGUCCUCCCCAUUUCCGGCUGCCAGCCUGCGCCACCAAUCCAUGAAGCAAUCCCCUUCCCAGCAUUCCUUUGAUAGCGCUAUCUUAGAUGGCAGCCUGCCGGACGAAAACCUCUCUAUGGAUAGCGAUAUCAGCGACAGUUUUGUUGUUCUCAUGGAGUCAGAGUCAGGUAUGGAGUCCAUGCGUCCCAGCAACACUCCCGCGGGCAGUCGAGGUAGCCCAGCUCCAGGAACAGAGGGAGGUUCAUCAGCUGACCUCAGCAGCUCUCUGUCCCAAAGUAUUGAGGACAUUUCUCAGGAUAUGUCCUCAGUGUUCUUGCUGAUCCUGAGUGGAACCGCUUGUACCAUGGAAGUAAAGGGAGAAGACCAAGUUGUGGCUGUAGAAACGCAGAAUCUAAGCCCUGUGCAGAUGGGCAAUAUCAGGGUAUCGGACCUGCUGGCUGGCCUCACACAAGCUCCAGGUGUACUGGUCCAGAAGCAGGGUAGCAGGAGCUCUCCCACUGUGCAGAUGCGAGCAGAAAUGGGUCCGUCUGCUUCCCGACACUCCGCUCUGGCUGAGUCGUUGGGCUUUCUUGACAUGAGGGUGCAAGACUGCAAGGCAGAGCUGUUAGCCUCCACAGUGGCCAACAUCGGCCCUUUUCUCGAAGACGAAUUCAGUGUCGACGGUCAGCCAAUGAAGUUACACAUGAGGAACAUCACUAUCACCAUGAAGGACGACAGCCCUAAAAUCUACCCUACAGCCCCUCAACCUGUGCCUGCCUCAUUCAUUGUAGAUCAGCUGCUGCUCGAGCGCAGUGAGGAUGGCAUCAUGAGGCUCAAAGCUGAAGGUACAGACCCUAAAACCUCAGCAGGUGUUCCUGUGGCUGGCCUGGACAACCCAAACAGUUCCUGCUCUGUUCGACGGCAGAGUGAGAGACAAACACUGGAGUUGCAGCUCUCUGAUACGCAGGCUGCUCUUGACCAGGCCCUCAGUGACAGAGAACGCCUCCUUCAGGAAGUCAAGAAGUACGACCCAACGUUUACUCUCUGAGCCUUCUCUGUCUGUCUUUGACCCCUGAACCUACUGUAACACUGCUCCUCCUGAGGAACAGUGAUGGGAUGUAUCAGGCUAAACAUCAGGAACCAGCAAGACUCAUUCAAAGCGUGUCUGAACACUAAGACGUGUCUGAAAAGAAGAUGAAUCCAAGUUAGGGCUUUGGAUCACUUCCCACUUGUUAUAUUACACUGUUCACAGUAUUACAAGAGCCCCUAUAACAAAUACUUAAUGGGGAACCUAGUGAAUUAACUUAUAGGUACAUUAAUGGUACUACUUUUUAACUGGCAGCCUAGAUAUUCCUCACUGCUGUAUUAGACACAAAUUACUCUGGUUUAUUUCUUAUCCAAAUCAGUGUUGAUGGUAAACUCAUUGUGUGGUUUCGGUGUUUGUCACACAGCAUGCAAGGAUAAACCUCAUCAAGCUUUAAUCCUCUGUAGUUGAUUAUUUGUGUUACAGAAAUGUUAAGUCGAACACAUGCCAAAAAAACCUCUUCACACGCACUGACACUGCCAGACAGCCGCUUAGUACAUCAGGCGCUCACACAAAACACGACUUACUGUUGAGCAUGCUUUGUGAACAGUGCUAAUUUCCACAUAGCAUAGUCCUAAAACUAACUAGAUUUAGUCAUAUAGAUUAUUUCCGUUAGGCGUGUGUUCCUUUUCAUUUAAAAGUAUUAUAACAAAUAUUAUCAGCUGUUACUUGUUGAAAAUGUGUUGAGAAAGGUAGGGAAAACAUUGCACUUAAAAAAAAAAAAAAAGACAAGAAAAGAGAACUACACUGCUUUCAUGGAAAGAUAGAAACAUCUCAGUUUCCACCAUGGUUUCUUUAUCACCGGGGUGAAACGGUAAACCACACUUAUCAAGUUCUCACCGUUCUCACAAAGCAGGUCGAAUCAUUCCCCAGUAUUAUUUUCCUUUGUGUGUGAAAUGUUGUUUAUGCUUCUUUUGUACUGUGAAACAAUGUGCUCCGUGGUUGAACGUACACACGAGAUGACGCACCUUCUCGAUCUCUCCCCUCACUGUGAGAGAGAGAGCAGGUUUGCACGGUAGCUUCAGUUUUGUAACCGGGUUAGUCGUUUCACUUUAAAAUUCUCUGGUGUGAGGACGUAUACCAAGAAACAACUCAGACUGCUCUUAUUAUUAAUACCUGCACAUUUAUCAUGUAUACAGUCGUGGUAUACGUGUGGUCAGACAUCAUGAACUUAAAGCUCCUUCGGGAUGUUGUUUUACUUGUUUAUAUUUAUUUUGAUUCGUCAAAGCAUGUGUUUUUGUUAGUUACUUCACAGUGCAUUGAAGCCAUAUCAAUCAAAGACAUUUAAAAAAAGGCUGUGGUACUGAUAAUGUAUGGACACACGGUGUGUCAUAUAAAUGACCAAAUCCACUACAAAAACUGAUAUUUUUCAGUGUGUUUAAUCCCGAUCUGCUGCAGAUUUUCUUUAUCAGGCGGGCUGCCAUUUAAAUUUCUGUCACUUUUCCUUUUUCUGUGCAUAAAUCUGUUAUAUGCAUGGAUUCAAAUGAUGUUUAAAAAAGACUGUUUAACAGUAUAACAUUUAUUUUCUGAAUGUUUUCAUGAAAAAAAAAAAGAAAAAACCUCUGUGGGCUACAUUUUAUGUACAAAUGUUCUUUUGUUAAAUCAGUGGUUUAGCCCUAUGGAGGUAAGUUGUGGUUGCACAGCUGUUACAACUUCAUCAUUGGCCUGUUGUGUAUUAGGAGACCCCUGGUGGCUGUAAUAUGCCAUUGCAUCCCCCCUCAUUGAAAAUAUCAUUUUUUAUCUUUUCUUCCUGUGUUUUAACUUUGGUUGCCUUGCAAGCUAUGAAUGACAGGUUUGCAUUCUUAAAGAGGAAUGUAAGUUAUUUAAGCAAUAGUAGGACAGCUUCGGUUGAACCAAAAACAUGACAAAGAACGGUAACACUACACAUUUUUGAUGUGGAAUUUAAUUGUUAAGGUGACUAAUAUCAAAGAAAAAUGAUCUACUUGUUUACCAGGUUUCAAUGUCUUCUUCUCACCUGCAUGCGACUCAACACAUCCUCAUUCUAUUAGUGUAAUAAGGCAGAGAUACUGCCCUUUAACCUCAGUAUCACUUAAGAGUUGUGAUCUUCUUCUGAGCUUUUGGUGUUUAUGUUUUUGCAUGGCC